AUGGAAUUGGUUAGGCUCAUUAACCUCCUGGUGGCAGCCCCUGAUAUAUGUGAUGAGUGUGAAGAUCAUCCAGUUUGGUCAGCUUCAUCUCUUGGGGUCCUAAAAGUAGCAGAUUUGUAUAGUUUUGUUGUGGAUAAUGCUGGUGCCACCCUGAGAAUUACUAAAUUGCUGUGGCUCAAACAUGUCCCUCCUAAGGUGCAGGUGUUUGGGUGGUUUGCUUGGAAAAGGAGAAUCAAGACCAGGGAGUAUUUACAAAAGCUGGGAGUGAUCAGUCAAAAUGAAUCCACAGUCUGUGUGUUUUGUAACAGUGAAAGUGAAUCAAUGAACCAUGUCUUAAUCUGGUGCCCAUUUGUGUGGAACAUAUGGACUGAAAUGCUAAAGUGGUGGGAUGUGCAGACUGCUCUGCCAUGUUCUGUGGAGAGUCAUCUCCUGUGGUGGGCUGGGGGAAAGUUAAAGAAGAAAGAAAGGUUGAUUUGGGGGGCAAUUCCAUUGGCAGUGAUGUGGUCAGUUUGGAGAUGUAGGAAUGAGUGUGUCUUUAGAGCAACUCCCCCAAAUUUAGAGGACCUCUGUGAAUUAAUCAAGAUAAGGAUUGCUUUUUGGGUAAAUCCAUACCUCAGAUAUUUUCACUUUUCUGUGCAGGAUUUUGCUUUGCAUCUGCGCAAAGGUGGUUUUGGUCUCAGGGGAGUGCUGUGUAUUCUGGGUUUUGCUGUCCUCACCCUCGUUCAGUCUGCUUGA